CUGAUCCGAAACCAAAUUUCAUGCUGCGUUGAUGUAACAGUUGCCGGCGAAAGAAACUUGUGCAUUUCAUGUCAAAUAACAAAUAAAUAAACAGCCCGAAUCAACGCACGUGCCAUGCAAAUUCGUCGUCCGCGUGGUGUCACAGUUCCGCAGUUGAUGGUGGUCACGGCAAUUGGGGUCCUGGGCGGUAUUUACGUUUGGCAGCCACUGAUAUUGAAGUACAAAGCCGACAAGAAAACAGAAAGCGAGCCUGCACCUGAGUCUAGCACUUCCACAAAAUGAGUUUCAUUAACGGCCUCAAAAGAUUCGCCACAACGACUGUCGGUCUGAUGGCCAUCGGCAUCGGAUCCACCGUACUCAUCUACACCACUCAUCGUUUCCUCAUCAAGCCCCAUCUUCUCCAGAAACGUCGCCAGGAUGCCGAGGCCUGUGCGGAGUACCUCUUUCAGCAGGAGGGGGGGCACUCCCCAGUCACCCAACCAAGGAGCGGACACAGCGAAUAUUGAGCGAAGGAUGUCAGUGGUCUUAUGAACAUCUUUACAUACCUCUAGCCUAGUGAUUAGUUACCAAAUUUCAAUACUGUUACCAUGGUGAACAAUGGAAUUUUACCUUCUUACCUUCCGUUUGAAUGGAGAGACCCAUUUUCAUGUGUUCAUUUUAGAGUAAUCAACGCUUAAGUUAAAUCCAAUGGAAUUUUUAUGGAAGCAAUUUGAAUUGAAUAAAUAAUGAAAAGCACAA